UAAAUUGAUGAGUGACAGAUAUCUUUUCAUUUUAUUGUUAUUCUCUCUGAUAUUCUAAUGUCCUAAUAUAAUUUUAUUUCGGUAUUUGGCUAACUAACUAUUAAUAAUUUUCUGUUGGUAACUCUGUGCACAUAAUACUUUUUGUGAAUUGGGAAAUAUUUUUCUUGAGAACAAAUUUUGUAACAAUAAAAUGAGUUCAUCCAAAAUAGAAUUGUUUGAUGUAUCACCAAAACAACGAGAAAUAAUAUUAUGGAGAGACGCGAGAAGAAAAGAAUUACGUCUAAAGUAUUUAAGAGAAGUUCAUAAUCCAAUAAAACAAACAAUGCCCGUGGAAUCUGCAGUUAUGCGUUUAAAUGGUUUAAGACUUCAACAUGAAUAUAUCACAACAGUAAGAUUAUAUCCUCAUGUGAUAAGGAGUUUUAUAUUAUUGGGAUCUAUAUUUGCAGGAGCAUUACUUUUAAAAAAACUAAGAGAUGAUAAGGAACAUUUAUACCGUAGUGGUCAAGUAAGCUAUGCUGAUAGAGAAUUUAAAUUUGCCUAAUAAUAUUGUUUUUUCUUAUAGUACAUUUAUAAAUGCUAAUAAAAUUUAAACAUUAUUAGAUAAUAAAUUAUAUAUUAGUAUUACAUAUAUUGUUUUAUGUAAUAUAAGUACAGAAUAAUUACAAAUAAAAA